ACAUGAAUUAUAUUAAAACAAUUAUCCAUCUAUUCUACAGUCUAUUCAUGUCAUGGAAAAGACACAGCGUUAGCCAAGCAUUUAAGCCUACUUUUUAACAAAUAGAAAAAAAGAACCCAAUAGGUAUUCCUUUUUAAUAACAAUGGUUCAAGUUUUGUACUCUCUGUCUCUGACUACUGUUCUUCUCUUAGUUUCAAAUGGAUGCUUAUUUUGAGAAUAUGAAGUUUGUUUUUGUAAGAGUAAGCUUGUUAAGGUUGUUCUGUGAGCGAUAAUGAUUACACCAAUUCCUCAAGCAAGAGUCGCAAGCAGUAACCAGCUUCUUUACUUGCAAUCGCUCAGAAUACAAAACUAUUCCAUCAUACUAGUCACAGGCUAAACAGUUUGUUGUGAGCUGUAUGCUGCAGCACAAGUUAGUGUGGCUACAGAUGAAACACAGUUACUGUAGUGCAUUACAGUGCAAUGAAAAGGUAUCCAUGUACUGUACUACAUUGUUAAGGAAGAUUUUGAUUGCCUCUGAACUUUCAUUUUUUCAUCGCUUCAACUUUUGACUUUUACUCAGUUCAUUCUUAAUGUAAGACACUUCCAAAGUUCAGUAUUGCACUCCAAUCUUGACCAAGCAAUGGAGUCUGACUUAAAGCCACUUUCAGUCAUUGAAGAUAUUAGCCAUCAGUGGGCUGAAAAGAUGUUGUCACUCAAAUUUGGGAACCCUGUUACCUUACAUUCAUGGAGCUACGAGUACCCUGAGACUCCUGAAGGAUUCAUGAGUGAAAUUGUUUACCUGAAAGUUGUUUACAGUGGAAGUGAUGAUGAAAAAUUACAACUUAGGUUGGUGCUCAAAGUGCUACCAAGAGAACUGGAAAGAAAACAAACUAUUGCUCUUGGAGGCUUAGAUAGAAGAGAAAUAGCCUUUUAUAAAUUUGUUAAUACUCAGGAGUUUAAGGACUUGUGCUUAAAAAGUGGUGUUAAGCUGCAAGUACCUGAAGUUUAUUAUGCUUCCUAUUUCGAUGGAGACAUUACACUUGUUAUGCAGGAUCUUAAUAAUGUCAAUUAUAAGAGUGGUGUUGUAAAAGAAGGUAAUAGUCUUGCUCAGACUAAAGUAGCUGUACAAGCUGUUGCUCAGCUUCAUGCUGCAGGCUUAGCAUACUUGGAAAAAUAUGGAGAGUUAGGCGUUUUAACUGAUAUAGCAGAAGAGUUCAAAUUUACUUGCUUCGACAAGUUUUUCAUACGCAACCUGAACACUUUAGCCGAUAUGUAUAAAGGCACAGCAUUAGCAGACUCAAUGAAAUCUCUGAUACCUUAUACAAAAGAUAUUCUAGAAAUGAGAAAGAGGUUUCCUUUAAUAAGAACGGUAGUUCAUGGUGAUUACUGGGCUGGUCAGCUAAUGUAUUCGGAGGAUGAAAGCAAUGUCAUGAUGAUUGACUGGCAACACUGUAAUGUCGAUAAUCCUGCCAGUGAUAUCCUGUCAAUGCUGUUUAUGAGCAGUCACCCUUCAGUGUUGGAAGACCACUUAGAGGAAGUUGUACAGUGUUAUUGGGAAUCUUUAUCUAGUAAUACUAAAAAAUUUGGAUUGUCUCUGGACAUCACAUUUGAGCAAUUAAGGCAAAACGUUGAUGACCUGAUGCUUUUUGGAUUUAUGAUGGUUGGUAUAAGCAUUCCUGAGUUCCUUGGUGGAGGUAACAUUACCCCUGAAAGGUUGUUUGGUUAUGUUAACUUUCUAGAGAAAAAGUCAAUAGUGUCAAAAUAUGUGAAGAUGAUGGAAAAAGAACAUAACAUUUAGCAUUAAGACAUUAACAAUUUACUGUAUACUACUUGGACUUCAUUACAGUACAAACUGCUAUACUUUAGUAUUGCCUGUAGGUUCACAUGACCUUGUUGUGUGAAAUUAAAUACUAUCUGCGAUUAAUGAAGAAAAUAACAUAUGUGUACGAUGAAAUUUAUACAAUUGAGGUUUGUCAUUCUCUUUCAUGCUGAUACUAUGUCAAAUACCCUUUCUCUUUUUUAUUCAUUGUAUGGAAGUAUUCAAGUUGUCAAGUUCAAGCUUAGCUUGAGAGUAAUAGUAGUGACUUAAAUCAGUCGAAACCAUUAAUAGGUUUAUUCAUAGUUAUGAGGUGGCACAUAGAUGGUGAAAAUCUCAUCCACAAUCAGCUCUUAAUUUUAGAAAUGGUAAAAGUCAUGGUUGCCAAAAAAAAAAAAAAAAAAAAAAGUAACCAUUGAAGAUGUGCUGUAUUACAUUAUUAUGUAAGGGCGAAUUAAAUUCAUCUUUGGUCUUAUUUUAGAAUAUGUAAUGUAAUUCAAAAUUUAAGGUAAUUCAAAAAGGUAUAUAUUAGUUCAUACAUACUUUGUUUUUCAAACAGGUUGGAGUUUAGAUUUGUAAAUAGCUAAAAGACAUUUUAUACAAGUCAAGUUUUGUGUGGUACUGCUGUUACGUUUGCAAAUGAUUAAAUUAUUAGAAUUAUAGCCUUUUCAAAAGUUGAAUUUAAUAUCCUUGAAUUU